AAAACCGAGUCCCCGAGUCCCGAGUCCCGACCCCCGACUCGGCGUCGUUUUCGUCGGCGGUAAAACGGAGGCUACCGCGUCGUCGUCGUCCCUCGUACGAACGGAAUAUCUCUCGCGCCAGAGAAGAAGGCGAGAGAGAACGCCAGAACGGGUCUGCAGGGGCAGCUGUCAUAGGAUACGUUUUCCCGCCAACGGUGGUAAACUGGUGGGAGAAACUUGGGGAACCGGCGCGGGCAGCGGGAACGGUGGGGGAGAAUCUUUGCCCCGGGCGUCUGUCAAGCCGGCGUCGGCGUCAACGGCAUUCAGUCGUGCACUGGCACCCGAGCUGUCAACGUGUCCGUCGAUCGUUUCGGUGUUCGUUGGUCAUUUUUUCGUUGGCAUUUUUAUUUAACAUUUUUGUCGAAGCACGCGCAAUUUCAACCGAUUCGCCCCUCACGACACGAUAGACCGAAAGUUCGUUGUUCGCUAAACGACGAGUAAGAGACGUGUGCGUCGUUAGAAGCCGAUACACAACACUGUCACGCGGCGACUGGAAAAUUGAAGAAAAAAAGAUUGUCAAAUGCAUUCGUUACCCAGGAUACUACCGGUUGAAAAUUCUCUCAAACUGCAGAGAAAUUGCCCGGAGAAACCAUUGCGAAUGUCCUGUUGCGGCGCUUGAACUUCACGCCGAAAACGUGGCCGGAAAAUCCACGCUUUGACAACAAUAAACGCGAAUACUCGAUUCGUACGAUAAAAAGAAGAAGAAAAAACAAAAAAAGAAAAGAAAAAAACAUCGUCGAGGAGGUUUUUGCCGCUUUUCGCUCGUGAGAUGCGUAGAAUCUUUGGGAUAGAAAAUACGAAUCGGAUAAAAAGCUGCGUACGUGGUGUCAACGUGAACGUGUACAUGAAUUCGCCAUGAUAUUUGUCUCUCCGUACGGCGAAAAUAAAAUCGUGCAAAGUCCACUUUCGUAGAGAGUGGGAAGGGACGCUGGUCGAAACAAACAUUUGAGAAAAAAAUAAGGAUAGGGUGAGUCCGUCGUCUCGCGGUUGCUCCCAAAUGACCCGCAGGACCUUCUGACGAAAAUCGCCGCUUGGGAUACGGUUAAACGAUAAAAGUGUGCGUAAAAAUUUUAUCCAAGGUUCGCACGAAACUCGUGUUUUUCCUUUCGAUCCGCCGACGUCAAAAUUCGUCGUCGGAAGAAGAAGAAGGUCGCGUCAAUCACACCGGAAGCAACAAACCUCUGCCAAAACUAAAGUGCCUAAGGAGAAAGAGAGGAGGGGAAACAAAAAAAAAAAAAAAGGAGUAUUAUGUGCUAAGAGGAUAACGAGAAUUCUCCAAAGAGAUAACCGCGAUACUCGAAUAAGCGAACAUCGGGGGUAGGGAGAACGCGAGAUAGCCAAAGUGUGUCCGUCUGUCAAAUAAUACAGAGGAAAAGGAAAAAGCAGGCAUGUUGCCGCCCGCAGCCAUGCACCUGGAGCAAAGGAUGAACGCCGAUAGGGGUCUCCAACAUCAUCACUUGGAUCACCAUCGUACUCAAACUACGCCGACGAGGGACCCGAGGUUCCCUCAUAGACCGGCCGUCUUGUCGCCAGCAAGGGAACGGUUUCCCUCGUCGAGCAGUACGGACGACGAUCAGAGCGGAUCAGACGUCGAACAUGAGUCGACGGGUAUGCGAAAUGGCAAAAAUCACUCAGGGAUGUUACAUUCCGGAGCGCAUUCCGUUCGCAAACGUCGUGGCAACUUACCCAAACACUCGGUAAAAAUAUUGAAGAGAUGGUUGUACGAGCACAGGUAUAACGCUUAUCCGAGUGACAGCGAGAAACUCACCCUGAGCCAAGAAGCGAAUCUUACGGUAUUACAGGUUUGUAAUUGGUUCAUCAAUGCGAGGAGACGCAUAUUACCUGAAAUGAUAAGACGGGAAGGUCACGAUCCCCUGCAGUACACGAUAUCUCGCAGAGGAAAGAAAAUGGCCGGUGGAAGUCAUCAGCAGGCGUCGAGUCUUAGUCCACGAGCAAAUCAGAGCUGGGAUCCACUCGCUGGUAUGAGCGCGCCAAAGCGAAGCAGAGAUCACGAUUACGAAGAUGCUGCGGGACUCAUGUACAGGAGCGAAGAAGACAGUCCAAACGAUUACGAAAGCAGUUCGCACAGUGAGGAGGAGCGACCUACGACUCAGUGGCCUAGCGUUAUCGUCUACCCGUAUUCCGAAACCAAAGUCGAGCACAAUAAUCAAUUGACCUAUGGCAAUCCCAUUGCUCACCCAGCCCGCAGAGGGGAUGACCACGUCUCGACCGUAAGUGAGGCUGCAUAUUGGAGCGCUCCUAGACAGCAUUUGACAACAACACCAGAUGUGCAACAUGAAACAGAAGUAUACAGUACGCACAGUCCGCACAACGACGAAACUCCACCACCGACACCUCCCGAAGAAGACAAGGACAAGUUUAAGUGCCUGUAUUUGUUGGUGGAGGCAGCGGUGGCCGUAAGGCAGCAAGAAAAAGAGCGUGAAGGAACUGUAGUUUAACGUUAGCCACCUCUUCUUCGCAUGAUAUAUACUGCAGGAGUGUUAACUGCGAACAUGGCGUACGUUGGAGUGACAGUAGUUCAGCGAUCAACUCGUUAUUUGAAUGCCCUGAGAUUCAUCCUCCCGCACAGUGACUUUAAAUUGAAAGCCUCUGCGUUGGCUGAAUUAUCGGUUUACCUGGUUGUCCGCUGAACUCGGAUGUUAAGAUGAAAAAAAGGAAAUGCUAACUUUUAUUCAAUUGACUUAUAAUUUUCUCGAUAAUCAAACUUUUGUUUUGGCACUGCUAAAAAAAACUAAAAAAAAAACGGAUCAACCCCCGAUCGGCCGAUUCUACUUUUUCUCACAACGCAAACGAUAGGAAGAAGAAAAAAAUAAUUUCGGCUGAAAAAAUGAGGAAAAAUUGUCCGAUGAGAGAUGAUGCUGAGCAACUUUUUACGGAAAUCUCAACACGGCAUAAAAAGAAAAGAAUAUGCGAGCCGUAGAAAUAAAACAACUACCUCGUCACUUCGAUGUACGCUUUGUUAAGCAAAUAUAUUUGAGACUGGUGGAGACUACAACGCGUGGGAUUGUCUUAGGCGUGAUUAAAGCCCUGGUUAUACAGUCUCGAAACUUUCAAAUCAGUGCCCAUCAUAUGGACAAUGCUGUUCACACGAUGAAAACUUAUUUCUUCGUUCACCGUAUUCUUCGAUAUGGUAAAAAUUUGAGGAACAGCGACCGUGCAUAGUGGUGAAGUAGAGAGUUUUGCGUGCCGAUACAUUAAUGAAUAGGUCACCUUAAACCGAGAAAUUUUUUUCAAAGGGUUUAUUUUCUUACGCAGGAUCCGUAUUGCGGGUAGAUUUUGCCACAAAUUUGUUGUGAUUAGUAUCGUUGUUUUCCUUAUUUACUAUGCUUUUUCUUCCAUAAUGCUAUAACGCAGUUAGCGAAAAAAUAUUACUCUUCAAAGCCAUACCAUUGACAAAAAUAUCACAGCGCGUUAAACAACCGUUGAUUAAUGUCUUUGGAGGUUGCAUUUAGAACCACCAAUUCCUAAUGGCUGCCGGCAGAAAAUUUUUGCGAUACAUAAAAAAAACGAAAACAUGUUCAUCCACAGAUACGUACGCUCAGAGCCAUGAUCAGUUUGAAGUCGUUGAAAAGAUGAAUAAAAAAACAAAGUUUAAUCCAGAUCUUCCUCAGGGGAACGGUAAUUUCAUUGAUAGGUUGUAUCAUGUUCCUCGCAUCGUUAAUAGUGUUUCUCGAGAAUAAAUUCGUAUUUUUGUUCAAAUGAAAAAAAAAAAAGACGACGAAAGAUAUAUAAAGAGAGGGAGGAAGUAUGAAAAAUGUAUAUCAUGAAUUCAUGACUUAAGUUAUUAAAUUAUCUGCUCUUAUUUGCCAUGGUUGCAUAGAGCGCUAAAAACGUCAUGGAAUUGUUGUAGCAAUAAUAUUUGGAUAUUUGAUAUUCUGUAUAUAUCAAGAACGAAUGCUAGGUAUGUGGGAUUGGUACAUUUAUCAAAAUAUGAAAGUGUCCUGGUGCAGAGUUAUUUCUAAUGUCACGAGGAACAUAUAUCGCAGUUAUUUAGUUUAUAAUUACGAGGAUAUUAAGUGAUUACUGAAUACGCGAGGUAUUGGUUGAUUACUUAAUUAAACUGAUUGCUGAGUGAUGACUUUUUCUGUAAACAGUGUUUCCUGGUCGAUUGGGUGUAACGUUUUCUUUUUCUUUUUCUUUUUCUUUUUUUUUAAAUUUUGCUUCAUUCACCGAUAAAUAUGCAUACAUAUAGAUAUAUUAUCGCGUAUUAUCGGUCGCUCGUUGUUCGUUUGAAAGAAGCGAUCAAUUGAUUAAUUAUUUUAUCAUUUCUAACGACUUUGUGUUCGAUUUCUCUUACAUAUACAUGUAUACUAUAUAUAUCCUAUACUUUUCUUUUUUUUUUCUUUGUUCUACAUUAUCCAAUCCGUUCUCUUCCAAAUCCUACUAAUUAAUUCACAAAAAUUAUUAUUACUGUGACCGUUAUAAAAUAAUGCUCAAGACAGCUUCUUAUUUACAUGUUUAUCUGAACAGUUAUGAUUUACAGCUAAAUGAUAUUCAUUGAAUAUCGAUUGUGGUUUUGAAUUUCGUAUUUGCCAGAAAAUAAAACGCCCGUAGUUGCCCUCGUCGUUGAAUAUAGCAGCGGCUCUCUUCGAACCCUAAACAGCAUUUAUAUACGUACCGGACAUAUCACGUGGAUAUUGCAAUCGUAACGAUAAGCACCAUACUUUAUUGACUUGACAGGAUCCAAAGUUACUCAAACCUAUAUCCUACGUUUGAAAAUAAUCGUGGAUAAUAUAGGAAUACUUAAAAAUAUGGCGUUUUAAGUUCUGUCAAAAUAUUAACAACUUACUUCGUCUCCGUAUUGAAUCGUUUAUUGUUGAAAAAAUACUUCUUAAUCAAGAAAAAUAGGGGGGGAAAAAUACUGUUAUCCGUUAUAUAAAAAUAUUAUAUAUCGUGGAAAAUUGGUACAAACACCAAAGACUUACUUAACUAUUACUUAUUAUUAAUGACCAUUCAGAUUUCGAUCAGAUUUCGAUAAUAGGUGUGUGUGAGUGGACGUUCGUCUACAAUUUUUUUUUUUUUUUAAUUUUUUUUUUCUACACGUGUGGAUUAAGUAGCGACCAUUAGUUAGGGUCCGCUGUUAAUUAUCUGAGGCAAGUGAAGUUGUUGAAUGUACAAAUUACUAUGCAAAUUUAUUUUAGUAUAACGAUUGUUAAGGUUAAACAUAGUCUUAGUUUAGUGAUGUGUAGGCCCUAGUUUUUAUCAGAGAAAAGAGCUCCAAAUAGAAUCAGUUGACGAUGAAAGGCUGCGUCGGAAGUAUAAUCACAGAUCAGUAACUCUUCUGUACUUAGAGGGAUGAUAUUUUUAUAACUAAAUUUUCUUAUAAAUGAACGAGCAUCUUAAUCUAUUUUCUCGUUAAAUCAAACUACGAAUAAGUGGGUCGUGGCAUAUGAUAUGCAAUGUGAUAGCUAAACAAAUAUGAGAUAAAUAGCUUUUGAAUUUAUGGCGUGAAUCUUAUUCGUGUUGGCAUAAAUUGAGCAAUGACACUAUUAUACAAUAUUUCUGGCAUAUAAUACCAGAUCCGAUGAUUCCCUAUCAUACAGUGCUAAAAAAUCUAUAAAUCUUGAACGCGAUUUUCACUGGUCUGUGAUUAUACGCUGGCACAUAAUUGUUAUAUACACAAAAAAGUGUAUAAUCGAAUAACCGUUUCUCACGAAAAAACGAAGAAAACAAAAAGCAAUGUGAGAAGAGAAACAAUCCGUGUAAAUAUCACCCCCGUUGUCACAAAGAAAAGUGAUCAUUAUUAAUAAUCAAUCAUUUAAGCAGCCCUAGUUUCGCUGAAUAUCAUAAAUAUCAUUCUUUUUUCUUUUUUUUUUUUUGUGAAAUAAAGUGAAUAUUUUUCAAACACAAAAGUGCGAUGCGGUUCGUUGCUGGUAUAUGGUUGUUGAUUAUUGGCGAGAAAUUUAAAUGGAAUAAUAUUGUUAUCUAUUAAUAAUUAUAAAAAUAGUCGAAAGACGUUGAUUAAAGAAAAGAAGAAUAUAAAUAAUCAAACAUGUAAGAGAUUUGUGGUUCUAGGUAGAAAAAAAAAAAGAAAAAACUAAGUUUUUUUUUCUUCUAACCAGUGCGCACUGCCAUAGUGUCUGAAGUGUCUUGAACAUGUUUGUUAUAUGCACACUUAUAGUCUAUCCAAUUCACCUGCAUUGUGACGUAUUUUCACCGCGUUAACUAUUCUUUUUUCUUUCCUGCUAACGCUGAUAUGGACAGAUUAUAAUUGGAGAAAAAUUUUACGUAAAAUAAUAGCGGUACAAAGUGAAAAGAAAUAGCAGAAAAAUAGCUAAAAGUGCGAAUGUCUCUUUUUUACUAGCUACGUAGCAUACUAGACAAGCCGAACUGGAUUUUUUUUUUUUUUUUAGCCAAAAUAUUUUUAAAAUCGCUAUAGAUGAAAACUAUAUUUAGAAGGCAUCCCGCCCUAGAGUUCCUAGACCCCGGUUAUACAGACGACCUCACUAACUAAUGAUUUAAUUUUUAAUUAUUGUAUACCUUAAAUUAACAAUUGUUACUACAAAUGAAUACGUUGAUAUAAAUAAGCAGACACAAGGGUGCCUUCUUCAGAAGUCUUUUCUCAGAGGACUUUUUGGCAUAACCACAGCCAAGGAUAACCGAUUUUAUAAUCGAUUGCUUUCAUUUCCGUAAUUAAAGGUCGUACGAUAUUCCAGAAGUUGAAAUUGCCUCGUCGUGUUCGUCGAUGGAAGAUGGAAAAUCGUUCGACCAUUUGUUGUAACCUUUACUAUACGUAAAUCGAUUGUAGAUCUGGUUAUAUCCGUUAUAUAAAGUGAAUAUUUACAUUUUAAGUAUUUUUUAAGUAAAACUGAAAGAAAAUGAUGAAAAAAAAAAAUACUAAACAGACAACUGAAAAACAAUGCUCUUCCCAAAUGCGUCAACUUAUCAAUGCAACUUUGACACUUUUUUUUAUACAAGAAACGCAAUUUUUGUAAUAAAAAUAAUGAGAAUUAAAUUCACGUAAAAACUAAAAAAAAAAAAAACGGAAAAAAAGAAAGAAAAGGAAACGAGAAAAAACAACCUCAUUAACAGUAACGAUAAUUGUUUACCUGAACUAAAUGUUAAUUAAUUCUAAUAGCGACAGGGAAGGGCAUGAUAUAUGAAAUAUAUCGUGCAUCAAAUUUGUGCCAGGAAGUGGAUCUUGCGACGAUCAUUCUGUACACACAACCAAAUAUAGCGCUCUAUGAAGAAAAAUAGAUGAUAACAGAAAGAAUAAAUGACUAAAUAAGUAAACCAAGAAGCCACUGGUAGAUCUAAAUCUCUUUUUGAGCAAAAGAAGGAAAGAAAAGUAAACGCAGACACCGCUCAACUAUUGAUAAUUUAUUAGUUUAAUAAAAAAAUGAAGAAAAGGUUGAAAAAAAAAAAAGUUAAAAAAAUACACACACACAUAGUAAAAGAGGUUCGCUCUUGAAAAUAAAUAUGAUAUAUCGUUAGACAAUAAACAAUGUUAAUUAACUAAUGAGUAAGAGUAGUUUUAAGUUUCGAGUUGCGUAUGUAUGUACAGGUGCCAUAAACAGGACAUACGAUCGUAUCGUUAAUUACAAUUAAUUGCAAGUAAUCAUAUUUAAUAUGUUAUUGACUCAUUAUGUCGAUAAUCACACACUUGUUUGUCUCAAUUUGUAAGCGAUUUGUUGUAAUGUCCUAAGUUGCCCAAUAUACAAUUGCGAUAACUUCGUAUUUGAGAGCAUCUAAAGUAAAGUUCUGUAUUCCUGAGAAUAUAUAUAUAUCCAUAUUAUAUACCCAAGUCCCCGCGAUUACUUGAUAACUUCUUUCUUUAUUUCACAUGGAAAUAUUCAGAUAAAACAAAGCUCGUAAACUUUACUUAGUAUAAUCUGACGUUUUUCCAUGUAUCUAUCGUUUCAUCGUUGUUGUUUGUUCGAUUUCUUUUUUCUUUUUUUAUUUAUCACUUAAUAAUGCAAAAUAAAACUUUGCAAAAAAAAAAAACAAAAAAAAAAUGUAAGAAAAACAGAGCUAAUGAUGUUUAACAUACUCACUUGUUUUAAUAAUUCACGCUUACGAAGUCCCUGCGAAAAGAAUCAAUUUUUGAUUCAUGUGAUAAUUUUAUCAUACAAUUAUAUAAUUGCUCUAAUACUAUAUCGCGGUAUGAUAGGUAUAAUAUACGGUUGUUUUCGUAAUUGUAUUUAGGCCUAGGUCCUUAACGUAAUUUAGGCUUAGAGAUAUUAUAUAUUAAGCUAUUAUUAUCGAUUCGCAGACCUACAAUAAAGCAUGUUGUGAAUUUUAAA